AUGCCGUUCUCCAAUAGUGUUGUAACUGUAAUCGGCAUGUGUUCGAAUCUGGUCGAUGAAAACCACAUUAAGUGUCCUCAGUGUCGCAGAUUCACUCCGGUUAGUGCUGGGAGAAUCUCUGUGAAUGAGGAUCUCCAAACCGAUCACGAUUUGAUGGCCCUACUUCUCAAUUUUCCACAUUCUGCUGUUACCACUCAACCACAGCCAUCGACUUCACGUUCAGCAGAACUACCUGGUGGAAGCGGUGCCAUGAGUCUGUAUGAUGCAGUAACUGAAGUACCGACAUCCGAAGCUUCAUCUAGCGAUACUUCAACUAGUGAAAAAAUCAGAAAAUCCAGAAAAAAAAAUAAAACAAAAAAACCAAAAAAAAGGAGCAAGAGAGCCAGGUCUAGCUCCAGUGAAACUUCUUCAUCAUCGGAAAGCAGUGCAUCGGACAGUUCGUCAGAAGAAGAAAAAUUCAAGAAGAAGAGAAAAGCCUUUAAAAAAAAGAGACAUUCUUGUGUAAAAAGCGAAUUAGACGCUUUAAUGAGGACAUCAAAGUCCGCAAUCUUCAAUAAACAAAAAAAAGAGGUCAAGCGCUUCUAUAUUUGUACAAAAGCCCAGGGUGUGAGUCGCAACUUAACAAUCCAACAUUAUUCCACUCCAUCGGCUCCCGUGCUUAAGCGCUUGUCCGGCAAGCUGGUCGUGUUGGUACCCCUAAAGGCAUCACUCCCUUACGAGUCAUCAGAUGAAGGGGUAGACUGUGACGUUUGUCAACAAACUGUUCCAAUCCGGCAGUGGGCGCAUCAUAUUGAUCGUUGUACAGAGCAAGCCUUCCGCACAACGAAAAGAAAAACGUAUUGAAUUAAUUUAUUGUUAAAUUUAUGUUUAAAACUGUUGUUUAUGUGGUACAGAAUGUGGUUUGAACACAGA